AAGACAAUUAACAUAAAAAGAAUUUUUCUUUUCCCCUUCUCUCAAACAAACAAAAAAAAAAAGUUACAUCUAAAAUGAUAAACUUCAAGUCAUGGCUUAUUUUCUUCUUAGUUACCAUCGCCAUCGCCAUGGUGGCUGCCCAAUCUUCUAAAAUUCAAGACAUUAAUACCAUUCCAACUACCGUGGGUGAUUUAAUCGGAGAUGACAAUGAGAUGUUGAUGGAUUCUGACAUUAGUCGUCGAACUUUAGCCGGGCGACAAAGAUACAUUAGCUAUGGUGCUCUUAAAGCUGAUCAAGCCCCUUGUGGUCGUCGUGGACAAUCUUACUAUGAUUGUCAGAAAAGAAGUCAGGCAAAUCCUUAUCGUCGUGGUUGCACUAAAGUCACACAUUGUGCUAGAGAUACUAGUUAA